AUGAAGAUAAAAACCAUUAGGAGAAGUGCGGACGAUUACGUUCCCGUAAAGAGCACACAGGAAUCACAGUUGCCUCGUAAUUUGGAUCCCGAAUUACAUCCAUUCGAGAGAGCCCGUGAGUAUACCAAAGCCUUGAAUGCAACGAAAUUAGAGAGGGUGUUUGCCAAACCGUUUGUUGGCCAAUUGGGAUACGGUCAUAGAGACGGUGUAUAUGUGAUCGCUAAGGACUAUCACGAUCUGAACAAGGUGGCUUCUGGUUCAGGUGAUGGUGUGAUCAAGUACUGGAACAUGUCUUCAAGAGACGAAAUUUGCUCAUUUAAGGCGCAUUAUGGGUUAAUUACUGGGUUAUGCGUUAGUCCACAACGUUCUCCACUGAAUAGAGACCAACAUUUUAUGCUAUCGUGUGGUGAUGAUAAAACAGUUAAGCUAUGGUCGAUGAAUGGGGAUGACUUUGCCAAUGUGAAAGAUGAUCAGAAUUUGAAUAGUCAAGACGGUCUGUUGAAGACUUUUUACGGAGAACAUGCAUUUCAGGGUAUUGAUCAUCAUAAAGUGAAGACAACUUUUGUCACUGGCGGUCCUACAAUUCAACUAUGGGAUACUGCUAGGUCGAAACCAUUAAGCAACUUGUCCUGGGGUGCGGAUAAUAUCACCAGUGUGAAAUUCAACCAAACAGAAACCGAUAUACUGGCAAGUACAGGCAGCGAUAACUCUAUUGUGCUCUACGAUGUGCGAACCAAUUCACCAACACAAAAAAUUGUACAAAGAUUGAGGACUAAUGCCAUUUGUUGGAAUCCAAUGGAAGCAUUCAAUUUUGUAACGGCAAAUGAAGAUCACAAUGCAUACUACUACGAUAUGAGAAACAUGUCUCGUGCCUUAAAUGUUUUUAAGGACCACGUAAGUGCCGUCAUGGACGUGGAUUUCGCACCAACUGGUGACGAGAUCGUGACCGGUUCAUACGAUAAGACUAUCAGAAUCUUCAAGACUAACCAUGGUCACUCUCGAGAGAUAUACCAUACCAAGAGAAUGCAGCACGUUUUUCAAACCAAGUACUCGAUGGACAGCAAAUACAUUAUUAGUGGUUCAGAUGAUGCUAAUGUUAGACUCUGGAGAGCCAAGGCUUGGGAGAGGUCUAACGUCAAGACAACUAGAGAGAAAAAUAAACUUGAAUAUGACGAAAAGCUGAAGGAAAGAUUCAAGUACAUGCCUGAAAUCAAGAGAAUAAGUAGACACAGACAUGCACCAAAGGUAGUCAAGAAGGCCCAGGAGAUUAAACAAAUUGAGUUGAGUUCACUGAAGAGAAGGGAAACAAAUGAAAGAAGGACGAGAAAGGAUAUGCCAUUUGUAUCAGAAAGAAGGAAACAAAUCGUUGGUACUGUAUUUGAUUACGAAGGAAAACCAAAGAAAUUGAAGAGGAAUAACGAAGAGGAGUUUGAUGGUGAAGAUUGA